GGCGAACGACUUAUCGCAACUGACUUACAAGUUGCAACGAUCGUCCCGCACGUUAUCGUCGGUCACCGCGGAAUAGUAAUAGUAAUAAUAACAAAAUCCGAAUAUUUGUUGUUGGAUAUUUCAUCCUUACCCCCCAUCCCGCCCCUCCCUCGCGUCCCGUUGCCGACGCCGGGUGAUUAAUCGCGCCGCUAUUCGGCAUUCGCUAUCGCCUGCGCCGACCGUCGACGACGACGUCCGUUCUCGCUAUCAGUGCCGAGUGAUAGAGGACCGUUUUAUUUUCACCACUGCAGCAGCAGGCUCACCACCAGUUGUCGUGCUCCGGACUGUGACGUUAAUUUAUUAAUUUAUUAUUAUUAUUAUUAUUAUUAUUACUAUUUUUACUAUUACUAUAUUAUAAUAUCACGCGCACGCACACGUUUAUCGCGUUCGUACGUGUAACGUAGCAUUAUCAUAUUCUGUAUAAUACUAUUAUUAUUAUUAUUAUUAUUAUUAUUAUUAUUAUUAUUAUUAUUUAUCCGUGCCCGCGUCGAUCGUUUCCGCCGGAGAGCUGGUGAUAACCGAUAAUUGAUCAACAAACUCGGUGUCCGGUGACCGUAGCGUAGUAACCGUGUGAAAUUAGGUUAUUUCCUCGCGUAGUUGUUUUGCGUCCGCUCCUGUGCACUUGUACGACGCACCGUCGCGGUUCCUGUCCGUUUUCGUUUUUCCGACAUCAGUAGGAGGUGUCCAGCCGUUGUUUUUUACGACCGUCGCCCUUAUUCGACUGAGCGAUCGCCAUGGCCAUGGAAGGAGAGGAACUCAUCUCGGACCAGGAAAAGGUCAGAAUUGUUUCGGAUUUCAUCCUGCAUUCACCUCCAGGCGAAUUUAAUGAAGUAUUCAAUGAUGUUCGAGGCUUAGUUAACAAUGAUGCUCUUCUUAAAGAAGGAACGUGUUGGGCAUUUGCUUUAUACAAUAAAGAACAAACAUUACCUAUUAAGAUAGAAAACAGUGAAUAUCCGGUGCUUAUUACUCAAUUUAAUGAUCUAGGAUCUAGUAGAUUUUAUGAUCCUAGAUCUAAACAAUCUUUUAAGUUUGAUCAUUUAAGAAAAGAACCAUCAAAUUAUGAGAAUUGGGAGCCAGAUUCAGAGACAGAAGCUUGGCGUUCAGUAUUUGAAACAGAAUUUACUUCAUAUACGUCAUUACAUUAUAAACAUGGUACUUGUAGUGUAUUUGCGAAACAAGAAGGUUCUUCUACUGUUAUAACAGCUUGCAUUGAGGAUCAUGAAUUUCAAGCUAAAAAUUUUUGGAAUGGUCGUUGGCGAUCUCAGUGGACUCUUACUGUUGGACCAACUAAUAUAGAUGUUUUAGGAUUUUUACGAAUUCAUGUUCAUUAUUAUGAAAAUGGUAAUGUUCAACUUGUAGCAUCUAAAGAAAUAAAGGAAUCAAUUGCGUUAACAACCGAAGAGUUAGCUGUGAAAGAAGUUUUGAAAAUAGCAGAAGAUGCUGAGAAUGAGUACCAGAUAGCUAUUACAGAAAAUUAUCAAACUAUGUCAGAAACAACUUUUAAGGCACUCCGUCGCCAGUUGCCAGUCACUAGAACAAAAAUUGAUUGGAAUAAAAUUGUUUCUUACAGCAUUGCUAAAGAGUUUAAAACUCAAUGACCAAUCAAUCAGUUAAUAGUCAUUGUUUUAUUUUCAUGAUGCAAAAGACUUAAUUGGUGAGUCCUUACGCUUGCUGAAAUAUUUAAAUAUUAUGAGAAAAGAAUCAUAAUUUGUUUUAUUAAUUAUAUCUUUCCACCAAUGAGUUAGAAAAAAAUUGAACCUUUUAACCGAGGUGUUAGGAAAAAAUUGUACAAAACAAAGUGUGAAAUUGCUCGCUUGGUAUUCAAUGUAGUUUUCCUUUUAUUUGUAAAUUUAUUGAGGCGUAAUUUUUAUUUUUGUAUUUUUAAUUUUAAUUUAUUAAUUUUGUUGAGUGUAAACAAAACUUUAUUAUGAAAUUAAGCUUUAGGUUUGGAAAGUAAACAAAAUUAUUCAUUUUUAGAUUAUUACAUUUAAUGCUAAAAGUUCCAAGGGUAUUUUUUUGCUUUUUUGGAUUUUAAAACACUAAAUAAAGUUUAUUAUUAUAUACCUUCAGUUUUAAAACUUAGAUAAUAAAAAUCCAUAUUUUAUAACAUUGCAAAUGUCUAAAGAAUUUUAAAUUAGGUCAAUUUUAUUAACUAUUUGUUAUGUAAUUAAUUUAUCAAUUUUAAUCAAAAUGUAUCAUUAUUUUUUUUAUUUACAAUUUUUAUUUUAUUCAGUAAGAAAUAAAAACCGAAAGCCAAUAAUGUAUUUAAUAGAUUUGAAGCACAAAUUAGAGUGUAAAAACUAUUCUAAAUUAGAAUAUAGUCAAUAGUAAUUAUGUUCGAUAAAAACUUUAAUUAUGAUC